GGUCAGGCAGUUCAUUCGGAUGUUGCUGGUCGCCUCGCUAAGGCGCAGAUUCACUCUUCUCCGAGAGGCUGGCCCAGCCCUCCGCCUCGGCCAGAAUGGACUUCAGGGAAGUUCUCCUGAUAGCUUCCAAAGCACAAGGUGUCAACAACGUGCCGAAAAGAUACAGUUUGGCAGUGGGGCCUCCCAAAAAAGACCCGAAAGUUAAGGGUGUCCAGUCAGCAGCUGUCCAGGCUUUUCUCAGAAGAAAAGAAGAAGAGCUCAGGAAAAAAGCUUUGGAAGAGAAAAGGAGAAAAGAAGAACUAGUGAAAAAGCGAAUUGAGCUAAAACAUGACAAGAAAGCAAGAGCUAUGGCCAAGAGGACAAAGGAUAAUUUCCAUGGUUACAAUGGGAUUCCUGUUGAGGAGAAGUCAAAGAAGAGGCAGGCAAUGCAAACCCACACUAGCCAGGGAACAGACCAAGAGUUUGAGAUGGAGGAAGAGGAUGAAUUCUUAGAAUACAAUCAAGCAGAGUCAGAGCAAGAGUAUGAGGAAGAGCAAGAACCUCCCAAAGUUGAGAGCAAGCCAAAGGUCCCCCUUAAAAGUGCCCCACCACUCAUGAACUUCAAUGAUCUACUCAGGCUGGCCGAGAAAAAGCAGUACGAACCGGUGGAGAUAAAGGUAGUGAAGAAGACAGAAGAGCGGCCUAUGACUGCAGAAGAACUUAGGGAGCGAGAAUUCCUUGAACAAAAGCGGAGGAAAAGGAAAGCUGAGAUAGAUGCAGGAUUACCACCAACCAGAAAAGUACCCUCUCAGAAAGAAAGUGUGGGCACAAAACUUAGCAAAGGUUCCGGAGACACGCAUCCUUCUUCCAAGGGUACUCCCCUUCCUUAUGCUGAGAAGAAAUCCAGACCCAGCACAUCUAAUGAGAAACACUUGCGUUUAUCUUCAUCCAAAUCCAUGCCAGGAGAAAGGACCAAAGUAGUAUCUGGCAAUUGCGCCCAACCCUUGCCUUGUGAGGGCCGUGACAGACCUGUUUUCAAUGGGGCUGGAAAGCCCCACUCCAGCACCUUUUCACCAAGUAUCCCAAAGACUUCUGCUAAAGGGACUCCAAAAUCUGCUACUGAGCACAAAGCCAAAAAAUCUCCUCAUCCUAGCCGUUCCAGGCCUGGACCCAUGGUCACCCCACACAAUAAGGCCAAGAGUCCAGGUGUCAGGCAGCCAGGCAGCAGCUCCAGCUCGGCCCCUGGGAGGCCUAGCACAGGAACUGCUCAGCCCACAGUUAGUUCUGGCCCCGUGCCCAGGCGCCAGAAUGGCAGCUCCAACUCAGGACCCGAGCAAUCAGUCAGUGGGACCAGGAAGCCAACCAGUGACUUAAAUCCCCCAGGACGGACAGUCAGUGGUACAAGUGGCCUUGGUCGACCUGCAGGCAGUUCAGGUUGCCCUGGGCGACCUACCAGUGGCUCCGGUGGUUCUGGGCGGCCUGUGGGCAGCUCUGGUGGCCUUGGGCGGCCUAUGGGCAGCUCUGGUGGCCCUGGACGGCCUGUGGGCAGCUCUGGUGGCCCUGGGCGGCCUGUGGGCAGCUCUGGUGGCCCUGGGCGGCCUAUGGGCAGCUCUGGUGGCCCUGGGCGGCCUGUGGGCAGCUCUGGUGGCCCUGGGCGGCCUGUGGGCAGCUCUGGUGGCCCUGGGCGGCCUGUGGGCAGCUCUGGUGGCCCUGGGCGGCCUGUGGGCAGCUCUGGUGGCCCUGGGCGGCCUGUGAGCGGUCCACAUGACAUUCGACGACCAGUGAGUGGCUCAGGGGCCCCUAGGCGGUCAGUCAAUGGCCCUGGCCAAUCAGUAGUUCCAGCUGGACGAAUUGUCAGCAGUUCAGGCCCUGGUAGACCAGUGAGCAGCUUUGGACCUGGGCGAACAGUUAGUACCUCAGGUCCCUCUCUGAAGCCCAAAUGCACUGUUGUCUCAGAAACGAUUUCUUCCAAGAAUAUAAUCAGCCGAUCCAGCAAUGGACAGAUGAAUGGAAUGAAGCCUGCCUUAUCUGGCUACAGAUCUGCCCAAGGUCCUCAAAGGCUUCCCUUCCCUGGUAGUUACAAAAGGCAGCGAGAAUAUGAAGAGGAGGAAGAUGAUGAUGAAUAUGACUCUGAAAUGGAAGAUUUUAUUGAAGAUGAAGGAGAACCUCAGGAAGAAAUAUCCAAGCACAUUCGAGAAAUCUUUGGCUAUGACCGAAAAAAAUACAAAGAUGAAAGCGAUUAUGCCUUACGUUACAUGGAGAGUAGUUGGAAAGAGCAGCAGAAGGAAGAAGCAAAGAGUUUAAGACUAGGUAUGCAAGAAGAUUUAGACGAAAUGAGACGUGAAGAAGAAGAAAUGAGACGUCGAAAGGCCAAGAAGCUGAAGAAGCAUUAGCUGCUGCUUUUAUUUAUUUUUGUGAAAUUCUGAAAACAGUCUGCUGCAAGGAAGUCCUGCCUUCAGACUGAAGAAGCCCCUUAUUUUAGAAUUCUACUUGGGUACUCAAGGAGAAGGAAUGCAUACUGUCAUCUAUCUGCAGGCUGUCGUUAGAGCAUAAAGUAUUUUCAGAUACUUUCCAGUGUGAAAUCUGUAAUGCAGAUGACAUAACACCCAGUGAGUGCUCUUACGAAGCUAACUGUUCACAGGUGCCACCCUUGAUCCUGAUGAGCUAUGCACUCUCAUGUGGGGCCGCUCACAAGUCAGCCAAUCUUACGUUAUUCCUUUGCUACUCUAAAAGGAAAAAACAAAAGGAUUGCUCCUUUACUUCCGUAAUUCUGCUGAUGUGUGAGUACGGCACUGCCUGGCUGCCAAUCAAAUCUAUUUUGUCUUGAUGAGGAAACUGGCCCUUGCAUUAAUGCUGCCAGCAAUAAAGUGACCUGUCCUAACCUAUAUGUUUGGAUUGAGAACUUGAAAAUGUAGAGUAGCUGUUAUAAUUAUAUGGAUGUCAUUUCUGUGACUUUGAAGUAAAAAGUAGAAUAAAUUGUAUUCUGCAUUAUUCAUGGAUUGGAUGCUGAGCAUUCUUAUUCACUAAUUUAGGUGAUCAGGCAAUUAACAAAAAUUUUUCCAAGUUAAAAUACAAGUUAUGCCAUUUUAUAUAAGAAUUCUUUUCCAGGGUUUACUUUCAGAUUUAUUGUUACGUUGGCUUUAGUGUAAAAUAGACAAGGUCACUGUGCUGUUUGAUUUUUAUCUAAAAAUUUCAUUUUUAUAUUGAAGAAAAAAUACUUAUUUUAUUCAAACAUUAGAUUUGGAAGAGUAAUAAUAGUUUAAAAAAUAAGGAAGUGACAUGUGAGGCUCCCCUCCUCCCCGUUCCGCUCCCCCAUUAUAGAGAUAUUUUGGAAUCCAAGGUGCCCUGGACCUUUGCAUGUUAAUGACUGUGUAUUUUUAUCUUAAAUUCUUUAGUGAUUAACGGUAAAAAACCAAAAACUAAAUUCAUGUGUAUCAAGACCACCACCUUCUCUCUUUGCCCAUAUUGCACUUUUAUUUCAAACUAUGCACUGUGAAGAGAUUUUUUUCCCAUGUGGAAAGGAUGUUCCCUGUUACUGGUAUUUACUAGGCUGUGGAACUUCUUCAUUCUCACCUUUCUUCAAGUCAUAUCUAUAGACUUGUUAUAUCUCUUAAGCCUCAAGUCCAAGCACUUCCAAUCGGGCUGACCUAGGUUCUGGCUGGAGAGAAGCCAAGUCUCAAGUAAAGUCAGCAACAGAAAAUGAGGUAUGAUGAUGCCAGAGAGCAUUUGUCCUUGACUCUGAGGGUUAGGGACAGUGGGACAUAAGCUUGUAGAACAAUUCUGUAAUAAACAUUGUGGCUAUCUUAAGCCAUUGACUGGUGGGGAUUAGGAAGUAGGUGAGGUUAUCCUACAAGAAUCCUUACUCUUCAACAGGUCUAAAAGUUGUUUUUGUAUAUUCUUUUUUAUCCGUAAAGCUUUCUUUAUUCUCAACUUUGGGUGUUAUAGAUUAUCACUAUUAGCCUUCCUUAAUGGGAUGACCCAUCCUUAAUGGGAAUACCAGUCCUUUUAAGACUUUUGACUCAUCUUGAAUUGAGUUUCAAACUUUAAAAAUGCAAGAACUUAAUUUUGAGGUUGAAUCCUAUGAAAGGUGUCUUCAUCACUAGGAAUAACACCCUUCUAAUGAUCACAUAGAACCGUUAAACACUGGUGGCAGAAAAGCCUAUUGACUACCAAUCUCAAAUACCUUCAGUGAAACUGAUUCAAGGGUAGUGUGAUAUUCCAUGUAAUAAAACAGGUUUGGAACAUUAUUUCUUUUGCUGUCACUUAUGUGAUUUUUUUUUUCCCCUUCAAAAGUUUGCUUGAAUAUAUUUUUUUCACUAUUCAGACUCGUUGAAAUCUGUAGUUGCGAUCAAGUGCUUGUCACAGCUGAAAGAUUUCUGGUGGCUUAAAGCUUACUAGCACUUUACUCAAUGACAUUGUGCAGUUAUUUGUACAGAAAGGCACCAUUGUGCUAGCUAAAAGUUCCAGAACUUGGUAGAAAAAGUCAGGUUGUGUCCUUAUGUGUCAUCACCUCUGGGUGCAUUUCUCCUUCUAUAAUACAGCUGUUGAUUUCAGUUUUCUUCAGCAUCAGCAUUAUAAAAGGGCACUCCUGUAGCUCAUUAGGAAAAAAAAGGUUCUGAAUCUUUUAAUCUUAGCCUUGUUUCCAAAUCCUGUCUUCCAUUUUGUUCUGCAUCUCCUGACCACUCUUACAAAAAGCUCACAAACCUUUGAAGAAACUGGAAUAGGCUGUUAUUUUAUCAAGUUUACAAAUUAAGUGCUUGAUUUUUAAUGUGUCCUCUACUGUUUUGAUUUUCAGAUUUUAUUAAUAUUUGAAGAUGUGCCUUUUAUUGGAUAAUGUUAAGUCACGAAUGUAGUAAUGUUAUUUCAGUAUUGUAAUAAUGUUACAUGAUCAUGGAUGCGGCAUCCUCAAAUACGAUGUGAAGGGAAAGUAGUUUUCAUAAAACUCAUAUAGCUCUGAUUGCACAGUCCCACUUGCUUUAGGUAUUGCUGUGUCAAAGCAGGGGGGACUUUCUUUAAAGGCUACUUUCAGAACUUGUCUUUGUAUUUUCUCUAAACUGUAAAUGCAAUUAUGUCCAUUUGGAGGCCAGGGUUACGACAUGUCAGGCAGCCUUACAUGUGUGCCGUGAGAAGGUUCAAAGACUGUUAACAAGAAAGUCUAUGGGAACUCGAAAUUUCAUUUUUUAAUGUAAUCCCCAAGAUCUUUUCCAAGAAAUACUGUUUUGUAUUUUAUAACUUAAAAGCAGCUGUUAGUACAUUUCUGAGAUAUAGCAGGAGACCAAAACAUGUUUGGAAAGAGAAUAAAUAUAUGAAGAGAGACUGGUUGUAUUAUUUUCAAUGUGCUGAAUAUAUUAGACUACUAUUUAUUUUGUGAAUGGAUGUGAUGAAAUAAAUAUUCAGGUGUUUAGUGUAUGAUUAAGAGUGGAAUAUAGAUGUCUUUGGAGUUAUUAAAUCCAUGUCUUUUACAUAAUGGACAAAUCAAGUUUAAAGAAACAUUUACAUAGCAUAGCUUGUUUUCUGGUGCUGUUGACCUGCAAGAGAAUCUACUUUUGCAUAUACAGAUAAAAGUUUUGCAAUUUAUGUAUAAAAGAUAUUGUAGGCAUUAAAAAUAUUUUAUUGAUA